AUGGAAGGCCGAGGCUUAACUCUGAGAAGUAAGUCUCGCCGGCAGCGCCCGCAGAUCAGUGCUCCCAAACCAAUUUCCGGCCCCUUGCCCGCCAACACUAGGUCCCCCGAUGUCGGUCAGCCUCCCAUCCCCACGAGUCACGACCGAGCUCCUCAGAGCGGUGCUACGUCCGACCUAGUAAAGCGACGCUAUUCUACCAGAUACAAUGCCGCCCCUGACUUCGAUGUCAGUGCUCCUCCUGUCCCGGCUCUCCCUACCGCAACACCGGGUGGGUAUGGUGGGUUGGGUGUCCCAAUUCCGGCCUCCAAACAAUUGUCGCCAGCCGAAGGCGCGGCCCCCGCGCCCGUGGUAGAUUUGAAUGCGCUGAGAGACCCCAGUCUGCCGGUGGAAAGAUAUGUGGCCAAUCUCCUUGCCAACGCCUCCGAAGAGGAGAUCCAGAAUUACCAGGACAAGCUGCGCAAAGUGAAGAAUCGAACCUCAACCGACCUCCAGCAGAAUGUGUAUCAGAACCGCACACAAUUUAUCAAGAUCAGUCGAGAGGCGGAGAAGCUCAAGGAUGAAAUGCGAACCCUACGUACCCUGAUGUCCGAGCUCACAAACGCACUGGGGCAGACAUCCGUGGGCAACACGCCCAACCCGAUGUCGCCGGCAGACGAUCACUUUCCCAAGCGCAGCGCGAAUCGCAGCUCCGUGGCCAACCUGGAAAGCAUGUGGAGUGUUCAGUUACAGACCUUGUGGAAAACUGUCGAGGGGUCCCAGAAGUUCUUACCAGCGGUUCCAGGUCGACAUAUCGUGUUGGAGACGGGCAAUUGGGCUGAGCUGGACUCGGCAACCUGGAAGCCAAGGCGUCCGGUCCACAUUGUCCUGUUGAAUGACCAUCUGCUGGUGGCCGCGAAGAAGCGCAAGCGUGUUGACCAGAAUAACCCCAACCACCGCGGACCUGUGCCAACCAAGCUUGUGGCCGAGGAAUGUUGGCCGUUGCAGGACAUCGACAUGAUUGAUUUGGCUGCCAACCUGGGCACAGGCGCCGCCCGUGAAGAAGCCCUGGACCGCGGCAUCGGGAACGCGAUUAGUAUUCGGGUCGGAACGAAGCCAUUUACCUACCGUCAGGACAAGCGCGACACCGCGACCAAGAAUGAGCUUCUUGCGACAUUUCGCAAGACGGUGGAGGAUCUGCGACGAACUCUGCGAACAGAAACCGAGGCGGCCAGCAAGCCUCUAGAGGCGUAUGGAUACCUCGCCGGAAGACACAUCUCCCCAUCACUCAAAUCUGAACAGUUUGAUCUCGCCGAAGGCCCUCGCGAUAAGUCCGAAUUGCGUAUCGAUGUCGAUGGCAAGCAGCAGAACCUCCGCUGGGUGGAGGGACAGGUGGAUGAGUUGGACAUUGACAUUGCACUACAACGCUUUGAGGCAGCAGUAUCAAGCAUUGAAAGACUUCGAAAACUUGCAAAGGGGCUCAAGGGAAGCCCUGUCGCGCAGGAGAUGAUCAAUGCCAGAGUUGAUGGACGAGCAACACGGCUGGCAGGCAUGCUGUCACGCGCGUUGGUGGACACGCACUCGUUCCCCGUGACAACCAAAACCAACGUCACCUGGCUGAGCCGUUUAGGAUUCGAGGAUCAAGCGCGCGAGACGUACCUCAAAGCACGAACUGACGUUAUUGCCAAACGCAUCCGGGCUUGUGUCUUCGAGGGUGAUCUCCCACUUUACAUUUUCCAAAUUUCCUACGUCUACUUCUCGCUCAUCAAGAACACAAUCAGCAUCUAUCAACAAUGCUUCCCGAGCGUGAUGACCAGCUCUUGUAUACGCUGGGCCAAGCAUCAUUUGGACGGAUUCAAUGCUCUGCUUACUCGCCAGCUCAGCAGUGUACAGCGCGGCACCUCCGUCUGGCAGAAAUGUCUCGACAUCGUCCACGAGCAUGCCGAUCUGCUGACAGAGGUCGGCGUCGAUUUCACUGAUUUGGUGGCGCGGGGCUUGGAAGAGAACGGUGAGCCUGCUCCUGUUGGUCGUACCGUGCAGCCGGACAAGGUGGUGGCGACGUCAUCGCCGUCGACUCCAGUUCUUUAG